AUGAACAUCUCAGCGAAUAUUUCAGAUACCAUACACUCCGGCCUCGCCGUCUCAAAUAAGCUCUUUGCCCUUGCCGAGAAAAUCAGGCCCGCUACCGCGGAAGUCAACAAAGUCGCGGUAGAAAUCUCACUUCUGACCUCCACGCUGCACAGUCUGCGCUCAGUGCGUAUUGAUUCAGAGGGAUGCAGAUACUCAAUUGGCGCCACGACCAUAGCGCAGAAAGUACUCGAUCGAUGUCAAGAUCUGUUUAGGGAGCUGGACCGUGUCUUGAUCGGAUUGAAGCACGAUGGUGUGAGAAUGGAAGAUUUGGUUCCCAAGGUGAAAGCAGAGUUUGAGAAGACCGGGAUGAAGAUUCUGUGGGCGACACUUGAGGCCUGCAGUAUUACAUUCCAAUUGCUGCUGCAUAACCUCUCCGUGGCAAAGAAGCCAACGGUAAGGAGAGCAUCAAUGUAUAGUAUAGACGUCGAAGUAGAACAGCAGGAGCUCAUCAUACAGUCUCUGCGGACAUCACGGCAGGGUAUCAUCACAAUUCUGGAACAACUCGAACACGGGGACCCUGAUCAAAAUAGCCUCACAUCAACAAAACCAACCAAUAAACUCCGCAAGCCGAAACCACCCACCAAGCAAAGCCAGCCGCAAGAGUCCAAUAUCAAGAAAGAAAGAGCUUCCGAUUGGGUCAAGAGACUCAUUCGUGAUGAGAGGACCAAUGCACUGAUUGCACUUGAGUUCUCACCGUCACCAAGGGUAAACAGUGAGGCAUUUGAAGACUUGGCAAGAAAGAAUGCGUCUGGUGCGGAGGGUAAAGUGGGUGUUGGAGUUGGAGAGCUGCAGGGUGAUGGGCCGGACGAUUUGCCAAGUAGUAGUGAGAGGAUGGAAUAUGCACGAGGAUGGCCUCGUAUUUAG